AACCAAAUGAAAAUCUAAACCAAUAAAAAAUUCAAUCUUUUUUUUCACAAUUAUCGAAAUCAAGAAAAUCUUGAUUUGAAUUCUUUCCGAUGAAACUCCUUUCGAAUCCACCACUAACUUUCUUCUUCCCCUUCUCCACUCCCUUAACUUCAAAACCUUUCUUCAGACCCAUCAAAGUCUCCGUCUCCGUUCAAACUCCUCCGCCGGACUUCGAUUUCCGAAACGAGAUCGCGUCGGACUCACGCGCUGCAAUUGCUAAAACUUUCCCGGAGUUGCUUGACCUCGCCGAUAACGGGACUUUGAUUCUUGUCCAGAAACAGAGUUUUGGUCCUGUUCCAGCUUGGCGCAAAGAGUUCGUUGAGCCAGAAGCGAUUUGGCUUGUGGGCACUUCUCAUAUCUCGCCGGAGUCUGCUUCCGUCGUUGAACGCGUCGUCCGUACGGUGAAACCUGAUAAUGUCGCCGUCGAGCUCUGUCGUAGCAGGAAAGUUCAUUUCUUUAUCCAGCUGAAAUUAGGAGCUGGGAUUAUGUACACUUCGAGUGUUGGAGGAGAGGUCGACCAAAACUUAAAAUCCGGUGUGUUGUCGUUGACAGGAACUGGCUUUCUCGGUGCUGUUGGUCGGAGUUUAGACUUGGGAGGCCAAACUGCCUUGGCUUUGCGACUUCUCUUGGCGGUUUUCUCGUCUAAGUUAUCUUCUGUUGCUGAUCGACCUUUCGGUGAUGAGUUUCGUGCAGCUCGGAAAGCGUCUGAGGAAGUUGGUGCGCAGCUAGUUCUUGGAGACCGACCUAUCGAAAUAACACUCCAAAGGGCUUGGAACUCUUUGAAAUGGGGAGAGAAGUUUAAUCUGGUGAUGGCUGUGACUCGGGCAAUCACAUCGUCAUCUGGUAUAUCCGCAGCUGAGCUUAAGGAACAAGAGACCGAUGAAAGCAAUGGAAGUUUGCAGCUUUAUGAACGGCUUAGUUUCUCAUACCCAUCACUCCUACUGCCUCUAAUACACGAAAGAGACACCUAUCUAGCUUGGUCAUUGAAGAGAAGUAAGGCAGUGAACGGGUGUAAAACAGUAGUGGGAGUAAUCGGAAAAGGACACAUGAAUGGUGUCAUCUACGCAUUGGUAUCGGAUUCCGGGGACCUCCGGUUUAAGGAUUUAGUAGGAAGAAGAGAUUCAUCUGAUGGUAGUACUACAUCGAACGGCUGGAUUCAAAAGGUUUUAAAGAGCCUCGCAAGAGACACAAUCAUAGGGUUCUUGUUAUGGGAGUUAUAUGAAGAGUAUCUCAAGUUUAUGAUGAUGAAUCAAAACCUUUCAUGAUAACUGAAAAGCAACUCCAAAAAAGAAACUGUAAAAAAAUGUAAAUGUUUUUUCUUCUAGAUUUUUGUUGAGUCAACGACAUCAAAGACUUGGAGAGUAUAAAUCUCUUUUUCUUUUUAUUUCAUUUUUUAAUAUUAGUUUAA